UGACGAUUGAGCUACACUCUCAGUGGACUGAGUACUUUAACAGUUCUACAAAAGCCAGCGAGAUUAAACCACCUGUGCUGGGUUCACGGAAGGAUGCACUCUAAACUGGCUUUAGGGCUAAAUAUUCUUGUGGUCCUCGUGUUCUGUGUGCUCGUUAAUCUCUGCUUUACAGGAGCGCAGAAUACGACAAGUUGCCAUAGCAACAAGGACUGCUCAUCGGAUCUGAAAUGUUCUCGUCGUUGUGAGCGUUGCUCGGGCCGCUGCACCCGGUGCAUCGAGGAGAACAAUUUUUGCAGGCGCAGUUCGGACUGUUGCACCGGAACAGUUUGCCACAGGAGAGGAUUUUGUCAACGCUGCAGUCAAAGGCGUGAACGUUGCGAAGUCGAUCGGGACUGCUGUAGUCGGCGAUGCAGGCGUCACAGAUGUCGUUGACUUGUGCUUCAGGUUAUCAUGUAAUAAGUAGCAGAAAUAUACUGGACAACAUUGCUGAGUGUGUUGAAACUCGAAACAGAACUAAUGAUCAUACAGCAGAACUUACGAGUGCAGUGGGACCAUGUCCUUAGUGCAUUAGGCCCUUGCGAAUAAUUGGACAAUAUUUGUGAUUUUCGGCGGGUUUUUCCUAUAUUGC